UAAACGAACCCUAGUGAUUUGGUAUAUAUACAUGACAUUAGCAUGGGUGACAAUCAGACUUAGUUUUUCUUUUCUUGAAUAAACCCUUUGGUUUCCUUGAUUUUGCAAUUAUGGGAACUUCUCUUCUUCGCUCCCACGAUUGUCUUCAAGGCCGCGAUGCUUUGUCCCUUAAUUCAUCUUCCAUUAGAUCACAAGGAAACCCUAAUCCCAACCCCAUCCCGUACGAGACUCGCCGCCGGAGGCUCUACGUCGGUGAUCGCUCCGGCAUGGUGGUGAAGGCCCACGACUCAAACCUCGUCAUGGGCCAAGUCAAGAUCCUCAAGAGAGGCGAGAAGCUGAGCCCCGUCAACACCCAUUCCAGCGAUGAUGGUUUUGAUCUGGUUUUGGGAUCCACGAACCGGUUGGGUCCGGAUCCGAGUUCUGUUCCGGUUCCGGGGUUCCUCGCUCUGAGGAGGUGAUGAUGAAUUGGUUGAUCGUAUUGUUAGAUUUCGGCGUCGAUUGUGCGCACUUGAGACCCACUUGAGCAGUGGUUGUUUGGAACUUUCUUGAUCGUUUGAUCUGAUUGCAUGGUCUCGACCAACGAAUGAUUUGUUUUUAUCUUUUUCGAGAGCAUGAUCCUUGGGUGCAAGCGAAUGAAGAUAACAUCGAAGGCGAAAGGGGAAUACUUUGAGUCCUACGAGGCUUUAGGUCACUGUUGGAGACAAGAAAAUAGGUGGUCUUAGUGUAAAUUCCAUAGUGUUAUUUAAGUAUAUCACAUUAAUCCAGUAAUGUGUGGACGUGGGUGUAAGUGUUGUGUCUUGAUUUGUCUAAUUCUGAAACUUGAUAGAAUAAAA